GGUGUUGCUUCAGAGAUCCAGGCUCCUUCCAGGUUGUGGCUGCCCCAGUCUGAACACCAGCUCCACACUGCAGAAGGGAGAUGCGGACGUGAACAAGACACACCCACACCCUGAACCCCGCUACACAAGUGGGCGGAUGAGAACCACUGGGAGGCAUAAUGAAUGCAGCGAGACAGGGGAGCUGAUGGAUAGACAGACAAGGACACCUGGAGUCUAGUUCCCACCUGGUCCCAGAUCAUUUGGCAAUAGGGUGUGGCCAUUCAAAUUCGUGGGCAAUUCUGAUCGCUGGGAGAUCCCAUCACACGCUCCUCUGCACUGGCGGGUUCAGUUAUGAACUGUCCCCAGCCCCUUCUGCCAGCAGGUGAGCAGCCUUGUUUCCCUGGAGAACCUUGAAGCCCUUGGUUCCAGCUUCCUGGUUGGUUGCCUGGAGGCACAGUCCUGCUUAAUUGCUGGUAAUGUUUUUCACAGCCAGCUAAAGAGGCCUCAGUGGGUGGGCUGGGCAAAGCUCUGCUGGCUCAGGGGGCCAGUGCUCACAGCAGGGGCCAGAAGAGCCAACAGGAGCCCUGGAGAGAGGAAAGGGGAGGGAGGCUCCUGCUUUGCAGCAUGAGAAGCGGAAGAGCGGAGGAACGGCCAGCAGUGUUCUGAAAUAAGGAAGAAGGCCGCCCACUUGCUUUCGUUCCCCUGGUAAAUAUUUGACUGGAUGUUUGCCUGGUCUGUGAGUUUUUCGGGUGCUGUGAAGAGAGCUGGGCGGCACACCAGGCUGCCGGAAGCGGGCAUAACCAGGAGGCUGGAGAAGCUCAAAGAACAGCCCAGAGAGUACAGGGCCCCCCGGGGCCGCAGGCGGUGCUUCUCCACCAGGAUGACUCCCACAAGUGAGGGGGCACGGCAGCUAAAUGACUCCUGCGUUGGCUCCGUGGACAUGGAACUCUUCCUCCACUACUCCCUCAUCCCGUCACUGUGCAUCAUUUUGGUCUUGUCCUUUCUCCAAAGACGGGAGCACUGUAGACAGAGAGAUGACACUUCUUACCUCCUGGGCGACCACUUUGGAAUCGUCAUACCUCUGGACUUCGUGGGCACUUUUAGUAACCGAUGGUCCUAUGGAAUCGCCUUUGGGGCCACAGCCAAUAGGGUCAUGUUCUUGUUCUCAGAAGGCUACCAGCCCCUGCAGGUCCCGCAGUGGGCCCAAGCCUUUGUGCUGCUCGUCGGAGGCAUCGAAGUCGGCCUGUCCCACUUCCCCUUCUUUGCCUGCCUCUCGUCGGAGUUCCGGCUGGUCAGCUCCAUCCUGGGCUUCAGCUACUCCCUGAUCUGGUUUGCUGUCACCGUCCUUCACAUCACACAGUGUCCCCAUGGGCGGUUUUUGGGGAGGUUCGAGGCUGUCAUGUUCUACUGGCCCUCACUGCUGUGCCUGUCCUUCCUGCUGGGCCGAUUCCUGUACAUGUCUGUCAAGUCUCUGAGAGUCCACCUGGGCUGGGAGCUGCAGACGGAAGAAAAGUCUUUCCUGGAAAUUCACCAGGCAGAGCAUGUGAAGCAGCUCCUGAGGAAGCCGCCCCUGCAAGAGGGAAAAAAGUCUUGGUUCCAAACCAGGAUCUACGAGUGGGACCCCUGCUUUCAGUUCCCCAGCAGGAUGAUCGGAACUGUGGUGCUGGCUUUCAUCUGCCUAUACCUGUUCAUUGUCAUUGAGUUCUGCGUGUUCGUGUACGUGAGAGAGAAGCUGGAUGUGUUGGAAGGGGAGUUGGAGAGCUACAUUGCCUCCAUGAACCAGACGGGGACCCUGGCCCCGGUCGUCCUGCAGGUGAAGGAGCUGAUGAACGUCUCCAAAGGAGUCUGGGUGGCUACCAUCCUGCCGGCCUCCCUCACGUGCGUGAGCUAUCUCUUCCACAUCUUGGCUUGCUACAGAAAGCACAUGAAGCGGUUGUGGGCAGGCAAUAAACACUUUCUCCCUCUGAAGUUCCGUAACCCUUCCUCAUCAGGGAGUGUGGUGGCCAUUGCAAGGUACUCUGGCUGGCAGAUAGCCUACAUUCUGUGGGGCUACCUCAUUAUCCACGUGGUGCAGAGCCUGUUGGGCUUGGUGAUCAUGUACAGCCUGGUGUUGCCCAUCAUCCACAACCAGGGCCUGGAGGUGCUCCACGGACUGGGCAUCGGCAUCCUCACCAUGUCCAUCGUCCUGGGUCUCAUGAUCGUGCAGGUGUGGAUCGCCUCCAGCUUCUUCCUACAGCCCAAGGUGGGUGCAGCCGACAAGCAGAAGCCCUUGGCGCUGAACAACAGGAAGGCAUUCCACAACUUCAACUACUUUCUGUUCUUCUACAACGUGCUGCUGGGCCUGGGCGCCUGCCUUUCCAGGCUGCUCAUCAGCUGCAUCCUGGGCACGUGGCUGAUUGCCCGCAUUGACAGGACCAUCAUGCAGCAUGGCUAUGAGGAAGCAGACAUGGGGUUCGGCGCCUGGGUCGGCAUGCUCUAUGUGGACCACUGCCACACCAACCCCGUGCUCGUCAGCUUCUGCCACGUCCUGAUCACAGGCCACAGGGACAGGAAGCUGCAGCAGGCCGUCCUAUACGGGCACCCAAAUCAGUCAGCAGGUUCCUGCGUCUCAGCUAGGUGCAGGACAAGGUGGCUCCUGCUGCAGACCCUGAUCAACAACCCCGGACUGGUGAUACUCAGAAAAUCAAAACUGGGUCAUGGCUCCCAGGAGUUCACCCAGAUUCUGCUGACGAGCUCGGAGAGCUGACCCUGACCUCCAGCACUGCCCUGAGGCCGGGCCAGGAUGGCCGCCCCCGGGGAGGAGGCCCAGGCUGCGCUGCAGCUGCCCCUGAGUGUGGUGGGACACACAGCUGCUGUCCGUGUAGACGGUGCGCUGCAUCGGCCGCUCAGGGGACAGCACCUGGGCUGAACAAUGACGUCUCGGGCCUAAGUCACUCCCCUGGUAAAAAGACCGAGCACUAAAGAGAAUCUCUGUCGCAC